CCCCGUGUCGCCGCGAUGCGGCUGUGAGCUCACUGCGGCUGCAGCCCGCCGGGCCGGGGGGGCGCGGGGAGCGCGGGCAGCGCGGGGCGCACGAGAGAGGAGGAACACCCUGACAGGACUCCUUGCUCGUGGGCGGAACUCUGUCUAACACUGCUAUUGUGUUUGCUGCUUGGCAAAGCACGCUAAAAGCACACUGCAGAUAUUCAGAGUGCAUUCAGAUAAGCAGUGGGAGUGGAAGCAGUUUGCAGUGGAUUGAAGAUAAUUAAUUAAGUGGUGGGUGAAGCAGUACAAGGGUGACUCUUGAGAAAGGGAAUCAUCAUUUUGGGUAAAUGAAGUGAAUCCAGAACUGGACAGUGUCCAGCGGCAUCUGCUGACAGCUCUUUGGCAAGUUUCCUCUUGGAAUCUACCUUGUGGUUUAGCUUCCAAACUAGAGGUUCAUCAGAGCCAGGAGAAAGUGAGUUAUUUGCUUUCUUAAUUUUAUAACAUUACCAUGGUCCUGGAUUUGCUGAGAAUGACAGAGAUGUGUGGGCGCAUAAUGGAAGAAUCAGGAGAUUUAAAGAAGCAACCCUUCAAAUAAAAUAAGCACCGCCAGCAGGGACAGUGUUCCACGGUAUGGAAUUCCCACCUUAUCUGAAGCUUUGUGUUCUAAGGUUUCAGUCACCUGUGGUUAACCACGGUCCAGAAGCAGAUGGUCCCCAUUCUGACCUAUUGUCAGGUCAGGAGUAGCCUGACGCGACGUCUCACGCCUGCGUCACCCACCUCACUUCAUCUCAUCACAUGGGCAUUUUAUCAUCUCACGUCCUCACAACAAGGAUGGCUUACCUGAAGAUGCGAUUGAUGUACGUCUCCCUGGUGGUCCUGGGAGCCCUCUGUUUGUAUUUUAGCAUGUACGGUCUGAUUCCCUUUAAAGGCCAGCCAUUUGUUUUCAAGAAAGAAAGAGGCAGCUUCCUCCAGCUUCCAGAUAUCAACUGCAGGCAGGAUCCCCCCUUCCUUGUCCUGCUGGUGACCUCAUCCCACGAACAGGUGUUUGUUCGCACGGUCAUCCGAAACACAUGGGGCAAAGAAAAGAAUGUGCAUGGGAGGCCAAUAAAAACCUUCUUCCUUCUGGGAGCCACAGCCAGUAAGGACCUGUCGAAAGUGGUGGCGCAGGAAAGCCAGCGGCAUCGCGACAUUAUCCAGAAGGACUUUGUGGACGCUUACUUCAAUUUGACCCUGAAGACCAUGAUGGGUAUAGAGUGGAUCCACCGCUUCUGUCCUCAGGCGACGUUUGUGAUGAAGACGGACUCGGACAUGUUUGUCAACGUCUACUACCUGACCGAGCUGCUUCUCAAGAAAAACAGAACCACUCGGUUUUUCACCGGCUUCUUAAAACUGAACGAGUUUCCCAUUAGGGACAAGGCCAACAAGUGGUUUGUCAGUAAAUACGAAUACCCAUGGGAUAAGUACCCGCCCUUUUGCUCGGGCACCGGCUAUGUGUUUUCCAGUGAUGUUGCAAGUCAGGUGUACAACGUCUCUGACAGCGUCCCGUUCAUUAAGCUCGAAGACGUCUUUGUGGGACUCUGCCUGGCCAAGCUGAAAAUCAGGCUGGAGGAACUUCACUCCGAGCAGACCUUUUUCCCAAACGGGUUACCCUUUUCCACGUGUCGUUUUAAGAAGAUUGUGGCCUGCCAUUUCGUCAAGCCUCGCAACAUGCUGAGCUACUGGCAGGCUCUGGAGAAUUCUCUGGGAGAGGAGUGUCCAGCUGUCUGAGGAGAGCCCCGCGGCACAUGUGGACACGCUGGAGAUAACCCACAGUGACAGUUUUGGAAGAUCUUCAGCUGAGGAUCGUGGGGGGUGCAGGGAGAGAGCGAGGCGGGAGGAGGGAGAGUCAGUAAGGGUGAUGCCCUGUAGCGCUGCACGUCUGACCGACCAUGUAGGCCUGAAUGAAACCACGUGGUGCCCAAGCAAUAACAGAUGCCAUCUCUUGAGUUCCUACACUACUGUGCUAAGCGUUUGAUGCACGCCUUCCCUUUUCCCAUUUCCAGGAUCAGUGUCCACAGGCAGUGGCGGGUGACGCCAUCCCCAUCCUACACACCAGGCCUCAGCAGCUUACAGAAAUGCAGGGCCUUGUCCCCAGGCCCCCCAGCCAACAAACGAUGAGGCAGGGAUGAAAAUCCAGUGCUGUCAGAACCCAGGCGCAGCCCCUGACUCGGCCUGCCCCUCCAUCGCACCUCCCUUGGCGGGGAAGUAGAGUCCAGGAGGGUUCAGAGGGAAGCCGGACGGUGGCAUCCUUCAAUCCCUUUCCAAGAGUCCCUUCCACCUGAGCUCCCAGUCCUUGUACUUUUAGUGGUGUCACUGGGGUGAAGCAACAUGCCCCCAGCUCCUUCACUCACUGCAUGGAUCCAGCAGGGAUACUGAGUCCCUGUGAGCAGCUCGGCACUCAGCUCAUGGCAGAGCAAGCACAGCCCUGGCCAUAGCCCCUAAGAAAUGGCCAUCUCUAGACAGAAACUCUGUUUUUAUAGAUUCAGCUUAGAAAUGGCUACAAAGCCUGACCUAUUGAGCAGACUUCUUGGCCACACUGCUGACCUCCCUGAGGGCAUGCCAUCUCCUCUGAACCAUCUGUUUACUCAAAUACCCCGGCUCUGCAAUUCAGGGGUCCAGGGUCACACUGGAGGGCAGCUGGGCACAAGGCUCGGCCUGUGAAAGAUUCUGGGAGCUUUUCUGGGAACUCAGGUGUGUUUAAGACAAGAUGCCUUCAAGGAACCCCUCGGACACUGAGCGCUGAAAUGAGCUCUGGCCAAGGGGGGCUGUCUUCCUGUGCAUGCUGCCCAUGCCUGACCCAAACUCAUCUUUGAAUUUCUCAGGCAGCCAAGGAACAAGUGAGUUUGUGGAGUGGAGACUCACUUUCUAUUUCCUUCUGCCUGGAGGCUUGUAGAAGCCUGUUCUGUAGGCUGUGGAAGCGAGGUCCUGCUUGGCAGGAGCCUUUACCCAUUCGGCCGCUGUGGGAUUUCAUGCAAAGUUGCCCUGCUCCUGGUUGCAGGAAUGGUUGGUUCUUACCUUUUACUUUACCUGACUUGACUUUACCAGCGCUCAGAGUGAAGGCCUCGCAUGGCUGGGUAACCCACCAGUGUUGGACUAGGCUCCUACCUGAGCCCAGGAGGACGUAUUUGCCACAAAAUGGCCAUGGCAACAUUAGCUUAAACAACAUCCCUCAUCAUCUGCUGCUUCUCUGCAGAUGUGUUUCCUUAUCCUGGCUGCUCUGAGCAUGCUGGGCCAUGUUCAGAAAACCCUCCUUCCCAGGGGGCAGAAUCAGGGACUGUGCUCACUUUCUGAAAUCUAGAUUUUGUGGGACCCUUGGUCCUGUGGAAAGGCUACCCCUGAUUUGGAAGACAAUGGUGGGUGGGUGUUGAGGAUGAGGGAGCUCGUGGGACUGGCAGUGGGGCUGGGUCCACUGGGUGUGCAUCCUGUCUGGUGUGUGUGUCCCUGUGUGCACUGGGCUUGGUGGGCUCGGUGUGGUGGACUCAGGAUCUGGCCUUCUCUUCAGACUGUAGCUCAGUCAUAGGGGACCAUGAACAUAGGCAUGGCUCUGUGACCCCAGUUGGGUACUUGGGCCAACGACGAUAGAAAUGAGGUGGGACUCAAAAGUCAAUGGCACCAGCAGGGCUUUUUUGGGGUGACAGCUUGAGCUGAAAGAGACCCAGCACCCACAGAGAGCCAUUAGCCUCGCUUCCCUGGGCAGAGGGGGUGUUUGGGAACAUUUCCACCACUGUUCCCGCUCCUGGCCCUUAUGCUCCUAAGGGACAUAAAAGUGCCUCGUCCUGAUUGGCUGAUAUUGGCAGGCCACCCAGUCGCUCGUGUUUUUGCAGCUGAGGUUUUUCAGGUUUGUGGAGCCUCUGUGUGUUCCCACCUCAACAGGAAAUGGCCACGGCUGUUUUUAAGUCUGGCUCGUGUGGGGUCAGACCCUUGUUCUGCUCUGUAAGAAAAGCAGUUCAGGAAGUGCUCCCGGUGGUGCAUGAUGAUGUUCAUCUGGGGCUUGUUCCUGUGGUCCCAGAUCAUCUCUUGUCCCCCCUGAGAGAUUUCAUCCUCCUGAUUUCUCAGGGGGAACAUGGAUGGAGGUCUCCUCUCCUAUAGCUACAUCAUCAAGGGGUACUUGGGCCAACGACGAUAGAUAGAUGGUACUUGGGCCAUCUGCUCAUCAAGGGUGUAGACACUGCCUAUCAUUGGAGGUCAUGGCAACGUCUUGCUAUCAGAUCUAAUUCUGAUGUGGGAACUCGGUUCCCAGUGGAUAUGGGUUGAAUCUCCGUGUGAACAUCAGCUGAAUGUGGGGCUGUUGUAGUCCAGAGGACACGAAUUCGACAAGUAAAUUAAAGAAGCAUGGCCCAAAUAGAAACAGCAGUAAAAUGGCCACUUGGGGCCCAACGCAAGGCAAGAACCAGGUGACACUGGCAGGUACUCCUUAAUGAAAUCCCAGAUGGUUUGGGUGUGGGGUUCUUGAAAUUAUAUAGCCAGGAGGCCUGUUGGAGGAUGAUGUUAGCCCAUUGUCCCACCUCUCCAGGAACAUGAACAUAGAAACAAGAUGGAUUUGCAAUGGUACCUACUUGUCCUUGCUCAGCCAAUAAAUAGUCUAAGGCUAAUUGGUGAUCUAAAA